GUCUUCAGAUGAACAUAUCAGCCACGCUUAUCACCUGCUGCUUACACGGCUCCAUGAGGAACACGCCGAGAUGCGCUUCUCAGCAUUCCAGAUCGUGCAGGAGCUGUUCUCCCGAUCCCAUCAAUUCCGGACCCUAGUUAUUUCCAACUUCCAAGAUUUCUUGGAGCUCACGGUGGGGACAGACCAUGAGCAGCCUCUACCCCCGCCCAAAGAGGUGGCACAGAAGCUGAGGAAAGAAGCCAUUAAGUCAGUGCAAGAAUGGCAUGAGAAGUAUGGGGAGGCCUACAAGAAGCUUGCUCUGGGAUACCACUUCUUAAAGCAGAAUAAGAAGGUGGAUUUUGAAGAUGUGCAUGCCAGAACCAUGGCUGAAAGGAGGAGGGAAGAGGAGAAGCAAAAACGAUUGGAUAACAUUUACAAAGAAAAAGCCAAAAGAGCCGAAAAAGAAAUGGAAGAAAUGUCCCAAGAGAUUGCUGGCACACUGACAGAGAUGGAGAACUGUUUCCGACUUCUGCUGCCAGAUCCUUUUGACUUCACUGUGUAUGAUGCAGAACUGGAACCCAACAAACAAAUGUCUACUAAUGAGAAUAGACCUGCAUCCCCCUGGUCUUCUCAGAUGGAAGUGAACCAGUCCUACCUUGGAUGCAUGGAUGAUGAACAGCCAUGCUGCAGCAAGGACAUUGUUUCUGUUUCUCAGUGUGUUAGAACUGAUAAAGAGUUGGAUGAGAAACAGGAAAAGCUGGAACAAAAAGACUUGGAUGGAGGCACAUGCUCAGAAGGUCAAUCUGGUGUCCCUGCUCUUGAUGAUGAUGAUGAUUACCAGACUUUUGUUAGGAACCAUGGGCUUGUUUCACACAAGUAUACUCUAGGCAUUGAAAUCUCCACAGAUAUAAAAGUGCAUGAGAAUGAAGAUAAUACUGCUAUAAUAAACAAUGUCGUGGAUGCUCACAGACUUCUCAGAAAUAAGUUCUGGCCUUCUGUGCAGUCCUGGAUUCAGUUAUUUACCAAAGCAGGAAUAAACGAUGAUCGGCUAAGAUGUGCCAUUGAUUUCAAGAAUAAAUUGGAGACUGCUAUGAAGAAAUAUAAGGAAAUGAACAUUUCCUUUAAAGCAAGAAAAAGAAAAGUGAUGAAAGCCUUGGAUGAUGAUGACGAUGAGGAUGAAGAUGAAUUUGUGGAGGUCCCUGAGAAGGAAGGUUAUGAGCCCUACAUUCCAGACCACCUGCGUAAGGAAUAUGGGCUAGAACCCCAAUCACCUCCAAAAGCACUGGUGGAGAAGACAUCAAAAAGACCAGCUCCACUGAGCUCCUGCAGCCAGCUGAAGCAGAAUGAAGAUGAACUGGAUCCAACUUGUGCAGCUGCCACACUGAAACUUAUCAGAGACAAACUACCAAAGUUACCACCUCCACAUGCCAGUGACUCUACAACUACUGAGCCAGCAGGCUUGGAAGAGCCUGACAGUAAGAGAAGAAAACUAGAAGAAGAAAGAGCUAAAGCUCCCCUCAUGCCUUUUGGAUUAGAUCUUCACUACUGGGGACAGGAUCAGCCAAGUGCUGGGAAGAUUCUCAAAUUUGCUUCUGAGCAUCGAUUUUGGGCACCCAGCGAAGUAGAGGAAGAGGUGGAAAAUAAAGAAAUAAGUGAAAUGCUAAAAACUAGAUACAUCACAUUUGCUGGCAAGUUUGAACCAGUGAAACAUAAAUGCCGAGCACGGAUGCCUGAUGGAAAGCUGUGUGAAAGACAAGAUCGGAUUAAGUGCCCUUUUCACGGAAAGAUAAUUCCUCGGGAUGAAUCUGGGAUUCCCAUAAAUGCUGAGGACAGAGCCAGAGAAGAAAAGAUGCGAUUUGAGAAGCAAGCAGCUCAGCCAGAGUGGCGAGAUCCAGAAUUCAUGAGAGAAAUUGAAGCAGCCACAGGAGUGGAUCUUGGUUCCUCUAAAAUUAAUGGAAAAGAAGGGAAAAAGAAAGGGAAGAAGAAAAAAUACCCAAAUCUGACAGACCUGAAGCAGCAGGCUAACACUUCUCGUUCACGGCUUGAGAAGAAAGUCUUUGAUAAAGGUGCUAUGAAACGAGUGGUGAAAGCGAUGAACCGAGUGGACCAAAGGAAGCACGAGAAGUUUGCCAACCAGUUUAACUAUGCACUGAAUUAA